CACACCUUAUAGUUUCUUAUUUUCUUCAUCAAUCGACCCUCAAACUCUUUGAUUCUUUUCUUUGUCUUCGUUUCUCCUACUGUAAGUGAAAAAUGGCUAGUAGUUUCUUCAGGAAGCUGGCCAAAGCCACUCCAAUUGCCUUCAACAAUGCAUUUGGAGGCCAACCCAAGUCCAGUUUCAGUAAAUUUCGACUUCCCUUGGGUGCAAUUGCUGCAGCUUCUGGCGGAAUCUCUUACUACUACUACUUUUCCUCCCCAAAUUUGGUUCACUUAGAUCAAAUCAAUGACGUGACAGGUCCAAAAAUUGCUCUCAAUCCUGAUAAGUGGAUUGAAUUUGAGCUGCAAGACACUGCAAGAGUCAGCCACAACAGUCGUUUGUUCAGAUUCUCAUUUGAUCCAUCCGCUAAAUUGGGUUUGGAUGUUGCUUCGUGCAUCCUUACAAGGGCUCCAGUAGGACAAGACGCUGAAGGAAAAACAAAAUAUGUCAUACGGCCGUAAGUCCUCC